AUGUCGAACAUACCCGAAGAGUUGCGCAGGGUAAUCAUCCAUGAGCGCGAUUUCCAGAAGCUGUCGGUCGACAGGAAGAUAUACUGUGUACCGGUGGACGAGCGUGAAGAAGAUCGACUGACGGCUCAACACGACGUCCUGUACAGGUUUUGCGGGGAAAGACUGUUCUUUGCCCCCAUCAGUAACCCACGGAGGAUUCUAGACUGUGGCUAUGGACGAGGUGACUGGGUGGUCCAGGUCGCCGAGGAGUAUGAAGAUUGUGAGGUGACCGGCAUCGACAUCUACCCGAUCCUCAUCGCAGACCAACCGGAAAAUCUCUCCCUCUUCGGCUACAAUCUGAACGACAGACUCAACGACCCAGAAGUGUUCGAACGAAGCGCAUAUGACCUUGUCCACUCCAGAUUCGUCGGACAGGGAAUCAAGACCAGUAGGUGGGGAUCCUACGUCCGGGAUAUCAAGGUGCUUCUAAGGCCGAACGGCUGGCUGCAGAUGAUGGAGUACUACGCGAAUAUCCAGUCCGACAGUGGCCGCCUGUCAAGCCAGUCGGCCUUAAGGAGGUGGUGGGAGGCAUAUGUAAGCGCCAUGGAGCGAUCAAAUCGUGACCCGCGGAUCGGGCAAAGGUUGCAGCAGCUCAUGACGGAGGCUGGACUGCGGGACGUGGGAGGAACAAUCAUGCACGUCCCCAUUGGAGGAUGGGAUCCAGAUGCAGCCAAAGCCAAUAUCGGGCGAGACAACGCGGGAAUGAUAGGAGAGCUCCUCGACUCCCUUGCUAUCUGGCCGUUUACGGAACGACUGGGCUGGACUGCGGCUCAAGUGGAGGCACUGACGAACGCGGCAAGGUCCGAGAUUCAAGACACAAGUCUGCGGCUCUACAUUCCUGUCUACAUCGCUUGGGGCCGUCGGCGCGGGUAA